UUUCAUUUUUACAUACAUGUGUCAAGGAACUAUUUAAAGAGUUAUCUGAUUAUUUUAAAAAUGACAGACAUCUUAUACAAAAAGUUACUAAUUCUAGACAUUUUGGUAUGAUGAUAAUCGUAUAGCUGUUCAAAGUUGUCCAAUUAACAAGUUGGUUGAAUAAUGAUAAACAGAGGCACAGGCAUUUCUGAAUAACGUGCGUUCAAAGACAAGCAAGCAUCUUCAAUGCUGCACCCAGCUACAUCUCCGCGUAUUUGUAAGUGGCCGUUAAGAAAAAAAAAAAGGAAAGCAACCAAAAAUGAAGAAUUAUGAUUUAUUCUUAAGCUUCGCAAAAUUGCUAUCAUUUUCGUGAUUGUCGCGCAUAAAAUAAUACUUUCUCAUUGGUAUGUAUUAUAAAAUUUUUACAGUGUAUUGUAAUCGAAAAGUGCGAUUGAUCGAUGCACUGUGCGCAACGAUGUGCGACAAUAUUCGUAAUGAAAGCAGCAGUUGAGUGACAGUACGUUAAGGAAACGCGAGUAAGAUCAUAUUGUUUCUAUUUCCUUGUUAUAUAAAUUCGAUGGCAAUUGAAAAAAUAUAAAGAGAUAUCUGAAACUGCUUUGAAUAAUUCUUGAACGACGACAUCCGGUUCGUAAACUUUGCAUACUUUUCGGCACGGUAUAGUGUGCAGUGCCAUUCCGAUGAAGACAGAACGGACGAAGUGAAGGAAUUUUUGUCAAUACGAGGGAGACGAAUCAUGGUAAGAUUUAAAAGAGAGACUGUGCAAACUGAGAGGACGGAUGCACAUACAAGCCGGAAAAAUUAAAAGGGCCAAAAUAAACACACAUUUUAUUAAAUAAUAAUACAAAAUGGAUGAGUGUAUGCUAAAUGAUUUAUUGGAAUGUUCAGUGUGCUUAGAACGAUUGGAUACUUCUAGUAAAGUAUUGCCUUGUCAGCACACUUUUUGUAAAAAAUGUUUAGAAGAAAUUGUGAGUACGCACAGAGAACUACGAUGCCCUGAGUGCAGAGUACUGGUCGAUGUUAAAGUCGAUGACUUGCCACCAAAUGUAUUACUUAUGCGUAUUCUGGAAGGAAUGCGCAAUGCUGCACCUAAGAAUGUAAAAACUGUUUCUCGCAAUAAUCCAGGCCCACAGCGGCUAUUUGGUGGUCAUCAAGUUGCUCCAGCUCCUAUUGUAACCACGAAUAUUACAUCUGUUACGCACACUACCGAAGUAGUACGUCAUGCUAAUGCAGCAGCUAAGCAGGUACACUUACACAAUCAGGCAUAUGGCCGGGCCAUAUAUGAUUAUGUGUCUAAAGUACCUGGUGAUUUAAGUUUUAAGAAAGGUGACAUUGUUGUUCUUCGUAAAAAAAUUGAUAAUAAUUGGUAUUUUGGAGAGUGCGGUACUAGUCAUGGCGUUUUUCCAUUAUCCUAUGUUCAGGUGAUGACUCCACUGCCACCACAUGUACCACAAUGUAAAGCUUUAUAUGACUUUAGAAUGACCACUGACGAUGAAGAUGGUUGUCUUACUUUUAAUAAGGGAGAAGUUAUUAGCGUUAUUAGAAGGGUAGAUGAAAAUUGGGCAGAAGGAAAACUUUUAGAUAGAAUAGGCAUUUUUCCAUUAGCCUUUGUAGAACUUAAUAGCGUUGCUAGAGCUUUAAUGAAGUUGUCAACAAAUGUACAACCAGGACCUUCGCGAAUAGCACCACCUACUCCUACCAAUGAAGAAACUACUCCUUUAAUACCAACUGAUCACUCGCGCAACAUUCAAACAACGAGCCAACCUCAUUCGCAGUUAACACAGACUACAACAUUACCAGUAUCAGAUUCUAGUUCAACUGUAUCUUCUGGAGGUAGUUCUACUACAACUACUCCAAACACACCUAAUAGUUCGAGUACUUCCAGCAGUUCUAGUACUGCUCCUAGUAGUCCUAGUAGUCCUGCUACUUCUCCUUCAGCAGUUGGAAAUAGACACAAUGUCAAGCGUCAUAGUUUUACUGCUAUGAAUACUGGACAUCAUGCACAUUCCCAUCAUCGACAUAGUGCUGAAAUACUUAGUCCAGCUAUAGACAGUGGCCUUAACAGUGGAAACAAUAGUUCUGCCAAUGAAUCCUCAUCUUUACAAGCAUUAGGUAAUAGUACAGAUCAGAGCUUUCGGCAUAGACGAAGUGGUAGCAGUGAUCUAGUCCUUGCUCAAUCAUCACAAAAUUUACCCAGUAACUCUAAUAAUGGUAGUCAUUUACCAGCUGCUUAUGUAGCUUUGUAUCCGUAUAAACCACAAAAAGCAGAUGAGCUUGAGUUGAGGAAAGGAGGUAUUUAUAUGGUAACAGAACGUUGUCAAGAUGGUUGGUUCAAAGGAACAUCCAAUCGUACACAAAAAUGUGGAGUUUUCCCUGGAAAUUAUGUUGCCCCAGCUAAAUGCCAACGUGGCUUAUGCAGAGGUACAUCAAAUGCUACGCAACAUCAGAAUUCUUCAUUGACAACUGGUCAGGGCAAUAAUGAAUCGCGAUUAACUGUUACUUACACUAAAAACAAAGGGCCUGCACCCCAACCUUACAAUAUAAGAACAUUGCCACCGCCUGCAUUGCCACCUCGUGCUAUUAAUCCAGUUCCGCCUGUAUCGUCUUCGCGACUCAAUCAAAGCCAAGGCAUAACUCAAGAGGAUAGUCCUCCCAGACACAAUGAACAAACCUCUGUUAUAACGCCGCUAGGUCGUAGUCAUAGUGCAGUGAUGACUUCAAAUUUACCUUCUCCAGGUAAACAAGUAUUAUUACAACCUGCUUUAACAACAUCAACAACAGCUGCUAUUGGCAGUAUUACCAAUAACAACAGUACAGCCAUAAAUGCUACUGCUACUGCUGCUAUUUCUACUAUACCCGACAGAAGCAAAAGCCCAAAUAAUACUUUACAUACAGCAAGUGUCUCUGCUCCUACUUCAAGUACGUCUGUAACUUCAAAUAAAACUGGUGAAAAGUCAAAGGAAAAAAAAGACAAAUGUGUUUCUUUGAUGCGUCGUCUAACUAACAUAAAAAAAUCUAAAUCACCUCCACCAGCUACUUAUUCAAUGGAUAAUCCUGUAUUUGAGGAUGGUAAUGCCAUGAAUCCAAUGCAUGUUAGAUCGGGAUCUUGUCCAAGUCAGUUGCUACAGGUGGCACCCACACAGGAAUUAAAUGCUUCGAACAGUGUUCAUCGCAUGUGUCCAGGCUCUGUGCAAGGGCACGUCACGUCCUCACAGAGACUAAAGUUCAAGGAGAGACCCUCUUUACAGGUCUCAGUUUUCGAGAGAUCGAGCGAUACAAGCGGAGUAGUAAUGCCUACAACCGUUGCUGGUAAUCAUCAUCGUAAAAGUAAUUCUUUGGAUACUGGUAUAGGUAAACAAGUGAAACAACAACCUUCGCGUGAACGUGAACGAGUAUAUAGAUUUCGUUGCAUAGUUCCAUAUCCACCUAAUAGUGAAUUUGAAUUAGAACUACGAGUAGGUGAUAUAAUUUAUGUACAUAAAAAACGUGAUGAUGGAUGGUAUAAAGGGACGCAGCAACGUACCGGACGCACUGGUCUUUUUCCCGCAAGUUUUGUGGAAGCUUUCUGAGAACCAGCUCAAGGUCGACUAGUACUAGAAACAUGUAUAUAAUUAGCGUAGGAUAAUAUAGUUAAAAGAUACUAAGUCAUGACAAAAGUAAAAAUUCAUAAAUAAUUUCUUCAUGAAUUGUCAAUAUUCAAGAACUGUCAAUAUUGCAUAACAAACUAAUGCUCCAAUUAAAAUGUGCAUGAUCAUAAAGGAAUACCGUAUUACACGUAUAAAAUGUGCUUACAGUUUAUAUACUAUUUAUAUCAGAGAGGAGACAAUGUAAUGUACAUAAAUAUGCUGAUACAUUGAACUUAUACUGCCAUUGAUAAUAUAGUAAGUACAAGGAUGACUAGGUAAUAAUACACGUUUUGUGCAAUGUUUAUACUGCCACUUAAAAGUGACUGUUGUAAAAGAAUAUUUUUUGCUAAUGUUGUUUUAAUGCUUUUUGUUUCAUUAAUUCAAUACGCUGCCAUUGUAAAUAAUGUGUAUAAAUAUUAUAUACAUAUAUAUUCGAAUGAGUACGGGUAUAUAUAACAUAUACAUUUUAUCAGUACAUAAAAGUAGCAAUAGCAUUAAUUAAAAAUCAUUGUUUGAAAGUUUGAAUUUAUCUUAACAAUUCGUCAUAUUUACAUAUCAUCAAUAAUCUCAUUGAUAUUUUUUACAUUCUGAAUAAUACUUGUUUUUUUCUUUUAUUAACAGUAUUAUUAAGUCAAUUCAGGGUGGUACAGAAGUGACAAUUUCAAAAUAAUGUUACUGUAUCCCAUAUAAUGUUUUCUGCUAAUAUAUAUUUAUAUUUAUAUUUAAAUUUAUAUAAUACAAAAAUUACUCAUGCUCUGCUAAUUAUUUCAAAAGUUUAUAGUACACCAUCUUUUGGUAUAAAUUUAUGAUCUCUUUUAUAGAUCUUCAUGUACCAAAUACAUAUAUAUGUAUGUAUCUGUUAUAUAUGAAUCAGUUUAAUCUUCAAAAUAUGAUAACAUUAGAGAAUAUAUACGUUUGAUAAUAUAUAAAAUUGAAGAUAAUGUAAAUAAUAAAAUUGUCCACGUAGUACACAAAAUGAUUGCAUAAGGUAUACCGCAAAAUGAAUGCUUAAGAUAUCUCGAUCGAUUAGCAUACACAGCUUUAUAAUACAUUCAUUACUUUCUUAGAUAAAAUAAUCAUGAAUAAAAAUCUGAAAUCUUAAGUAUAUUUAUAUUCAGAAGAACUACUUGUGUUCAAAUGUAUCAUUCUAAACUUAAUCACUUUGAUUAGCAUUGGAGGAAAAUGCUAGGCUGUACUAUAAUUACAAACAAUAAUAUCCUUUAUUCUUAUUGAGCGCAUAUAUAUAUAUAUAUAUAUAUAUAUAUAUAUUUGUGUAGAAAAAAUGGUAGAAUUUUGUAAUAGCGGACUACUUCUCAUAUAACAGUUCUUCAACUAAAUAAUAAAAUAUUUAAAAUUAUAUUAUGCAGUAUAUUUAUAGGUGAGUAUUUUAUAUGAAAUCAAGUAAUAUUAUUAGAGGCAACGUAAAAAGAGAGAGAUACAUCAAUUAAAUAUACUACAAAUUAGAUAACUUAUGAUAUCUAAUCCAACAUUUACUUAUCAACAGUUAAAUAUUCAUGCUACAAAGUUCAACAUUUAAUACAGCAAUAAUAUGGGUUAUCAUAUCUAAUAGCACCAAAUUUAUAUAACUUCAUUAUACUGUAAAUUUAUCCUCUAAUGCUAUAUCAAUGAGUUAAUAUAAUCAUCUAUAUACUCGAUAUACAAGGCACCAAUAUAAAUAAAACUAAUGCGAACGUAUAUAGGAAUAUAAUUACUGUAAAUAUAAAAUAUAUAAAAUUCCAUGAUAUAUAUUGCAAUAAGAUAUCGUAAUUUUAGGAUAUUUUUUAAUA